AUGGAACGGGAGGAAAGGCAUCAAAGAUUUAAAUGGAGUAGAGAUCUAUCACAAGAAGAACUAGCAGUAGUAAACGAAAUUGGCGAGAAAACUCAGAACAUAACACUCGAUUCAGGGAGGAGGGAUAGUUGGAAUUGGGGUUCAGGGCAAUACUCAAUCAAAGAAGCCUAUGAGAUUAUUAUGACGAGAACUCCUUUUGACGAAGAAACAAAUUACAUAGAAGCUUGGAAUAGAUUCAUACCGCUAAAAGUGGCAGUUCUAGUUUGGCGACUUUUCCAAAAUAAGAUUGCGUCGAAGGAUAACUUAGUUAAGAGAGGAGUUCUCAAUCAAACCCAAUCGGACUGCCCUUUUAGAUGCGCGGUUACUGAAAAUGCUUCUCAUAUUUUCUUCGAAUGUAGUUUCCCUAUGCAGGUUUGGGCGUCGGUCCUAAGGUGGCUGAACAUUCAUACAGCUAUGCACAACAAUGCUAUAGAAAACUAUCACCAGUUUAAAGGACUUUGCGGAAUGGGCAGAAUGCAAGCGGAGAAAUUCUGUGUAAUUUGGUUCGCGUGUAUUUGGAUAUUGUGGAAUGGGCGUAAUGAGAAAGUGUUUAGAGAUAGUUCUAGAUCAGCGGAGCAAAUGAGUGAAGAAAUUAAGAUUAUAAUAUGGAAAUGGCUGAAGUGCAAAGUUAAAGGCUUCAACUACUCCCUCAAUCAUUGGAUAACCAAUCUGGCUGCUUGCUUGGGAAUUGGAUGUUGA